AGACACAUCUGUCUCCAUUACUGAAGUACUCUGAAUAUGGUACCAUCCUUCCUCCUCACUGCUCCCUUCACAUAGACUGUCUGGCCAUCUUUCUUUGCGCUGGAACGGUUUCCAAGAGACGAGGCUUAGAAUAAAGGAGGAUUCCAGGUGCGCCCAGCAGGUCACAGGCGGACUCGGGGAACGCGACACAGUAGAUGGGUGUGUUGACUGUGCCAGUGGGUGCCCAGGCGUCUGGGGUUGCAGGAGCAGGCGUGGAUCCCUUCACCAGGAGUGCUGCUCUCAACCAUUACUGCACCUCAUACACAUACUCACAUGGUAAGAAGGGUCCCUGGCCCCGUAGAGGGCACCCUGAUGGCACUGGGUACUCCUCCAACCUGCGACCCGCCGUCUUCUACACACCCAAUCUGGACAAGGAAGACAACCCCAAACUCGGGCUGGAGUUGCUAAAUGCGUGCUCUCAGAUGAAAUGGGACUACCAGCCGCUGCAGAGGCCAGGGUCCCAGGGCCUGCCCACCGUCUACCCAGCAGGCAUGGAGCGGGAGAGCGGAUACCACCAGUAUCGCUUCCUACCACCCAUUGUGCCGAUGUCUCUGCAGACUGAAUAUAAAGGCUGUUUUAUCCCCCACCGACCCCGACCCCCAGUGGUCCGUGAUAACUAUGUGGAGGGGGCCAAAGAGGGGAGUGGCUUCACCACAGCAGAGGAGCUGCAACCAUACACCUUCAUACCCCACUAUUACCCCAUGGACCAUGAUAGGAGAAUGGGGAGGAGCAUAAUGAAGUCUGACUUGACGCCCAAGACCUACCUCAAGGGCUCUGAGGAGAUGCCAGCUCUGGUAAAGAGAGCCGUGCGAGAGACUGGAUUCACCAGGGACACAGUGCAGCCGUUGGCCGCUCCAGCGUCCCUGUUGCCCCCUCCUGUGAGACGUCAGAAACAGAAGCACUCCCAUCUUGCUGCCCGCAACAGCCAAACCAUGCCCCCGCCAGGUUCUUCUGGAUUCAUCCAAAAUGCCCGAAACCUGGGGGCCGACCCACAGCCUCCACUUGACCCUAACCACUACGUCAGCCACUACCAGAACAGAUUUUGCAAUGUGACUGAAGCAGACAGGCUACGGCUUGGUUGGACCAGAGACAGCACCCACAGACACAUCCCUGGGGGAUAUGGAGGACGAGACACAGACAGGGACAACCUGAGGGGAUAGACGGCAGCCAUGUUUCAAUAAAGAUUUUCUUAUCCUGCUA